AUGAAGGCCUCAACGUCCAGUUUGCUCCUGAUCUUGGCCGUGGCGCUGCUCGCCAUCCAGGUGGCACAUGGAAUGACGAUGCAGAUCGAGCCGCGCACUACCGAAUGCUUCAAGUACAAGUCGCAGCGUCCGGGCGAGGACUUCACCUUCGAAUUCGUUGUGACUCGCGGUGGCCUGCUCGACAUCCAAUUCAGGAUCGUUAAUCCCUUCGGGCAGAAAUGUGAGAGGGAAGUGGGAGAGAAGGUGUGA